AUGCAAAUCAUCAAGCUCGUCUCCGCUGCCAUCGCACUGCUAGCUCUCGGCGCUGCCGCAGACGACAAGUCAACCCUCUACAACGACGCCGAUUACAAGGGCAACUCCAAGAAAAUAUCGCCCGACAAGUGUACUGAGAUCAAGGGUGAUCUCAAACAACUCGGCUCGAUCAAAGUCCCCCGCGGAGACGUGAUAUGUAUUCUAUAUAAAUCAACCGAUUGCAAGAGACGACCUCUCUGCACAUUGUUCGGCAAUGUGGAUGACCUGACCGACGAUAAUAAUCCCUGUUUACGACAGGUGGCGAAUCGUGUGAAAUCCGUGGAAUGUUACGACUAG